AUAAGCACUGUUUGUUUGGAGUCUCACUAUGGAGUCUGUAGAAAAUGUGGAUGUGGACGAGGUAUGGAAGACACUGGGCAGGUUCGGACGAUACCAGUUGGGGCAGCUAGUCAUACUGAUUAUAGCGGGAAUUCCUAUGGCUUUCCACAUCGUAUCCGUCGUCUUCAUAGGAAAACACAUAGACCACGUAUGUAGUUUUUCGCCGGAAGCAGACGGCAACCACAAUGCAUCUGUAGUGUUGGAAUCGUGUAAGAUCCAAAUCGUAGCAAAUACUUCGAAUGGUACGGAUGUGACAGAGUACGCAUGCUCAAACGGAUAUAAUUACACUGGUGACAGAUACUCAUCAUUCGUGACCGAGUGGGAUCUCGUUUGCGAGAGAGACGCACUGGGCAAACUCUCGCAAACUCUCGUCAUGGUGGGCAUGUUUCUCGGAGCCUCUUUCCUGCCGAUAGUCGCUGAUCGCUUCGGCAGAAAACGACUUCACGUCGGCUCCCACUCCCUGUUGUUGGUCGUCACCGUUGCGAUGGCUUUCGUUCCCAGUUUUAUUGGAUUUGCCAUCUUAAGAGUGUUUGUGGGGAUUUUUCAGGAGGGUUACUUAAUACCUCUGUUCAUCAUUAUGCUGGAACUGUUUCCUGCACAACAAAAAGAGGUCAUAGGCUUUUUGUUUAACCUCCUGUGGGGGAUAUCCAUCCUCCUCGUGACUCCCAUAGCCUACUGCAUGCAAAACUACAGCUGGCGCAGCAUACAGCUUGUCCUGGCAAUAUCUACCGCCUUCAGCAUUAUCGAAUUCUUCAUUCUAGAUGAAUCUGUUCGCUGGCUGGUUGCGAACAAAAGGACAAAGGAAGCUAUCAAGAUAGUCAAGAAAGCUUGCAAAAUGAACCACAAAGAUUUCGACAGUGUAUGGCAGACCAUAUUAGAGAGAUCUAACGCCAUGACGGCAUUUAACCAAACCAAAGAAAAGGAAAGGACAACAUUACUGAACGAACCAGACCUGUCUUCUACAAUUGACAGAUCGUCAGUAUCCACAGUAGAGGACGGAAAACUGGCUGAUGGGGCAAUAAAAUUAUCUUUCUUAGAUCUUCUGAAAAACCGAACAUUGCGUUCCAUGACUUUGAUAGUUACCUACGCAUGGUUCACCAACUCGAUGACGUACUAUGGGUUGAUGCUUCUCUCCACUAUACUGGCCGGCGAUCCGUAUAUUAAUUUCCUUCUUGGAGGUGUACUGGAAAUACCUGCUAAUAUUUUGCUGUGGUUUCUACUCGCGAAAAUUGGUCGAAAGAAAACGUGCAUAUUUUUCCAUACAGGUGUUGGUUUGUCUCUGCUAAUAACUGUCUUAGUUGCCUUGGCAGAGAAAAGCCACACCACUGGAAUAAUGCAGACAGUCUUCUCAUUGGAUGGAAGGUUCUUUAUUGCUGGCUGUUUUAAUGCAGUGUGGAUUUACACCCCAGAAUUGUUUCCAACUAACAUCAGGAAUUUUGGUGUUGGCAUUGCAUCUAGUGCAGGACAAAUUGGAGCGAUGGCCUCGCCAUUUUUCAGUUCACUGGCUCAAGUGGCUAUUUGGGCACCAAGCGCCAUCUUCUCAGCAGCGUGUUUGUUGGUCUCAUUCCUCGUGAUAUUUUUACCGGAAACUACCGGACGAAAACUUCCGCAGACGAUCAGCGAAGUGGUAAGAUGGCGUAAACAGGAUAUACUCGACAAAACGAAAGGAACAACAAUUGAUGACAUUCAGUUUGAGAAAAUAUAGAAUCUCAAGAAUGCACAGAUGCGGUGAAAUUAAACAGUAGAGUUGUGGUGUGGAGCUUGUUUCUGUAAUGUGGUUGAGGUGUAUCUUAAUUCCAAAUAUUUAAUUUUAACAAUAAAUCAUAGCACAACAA